CGCGUUAUUUGCACCGUCUGCUGGCCCGUUGUGUGCAGUGAGUGAGAGCCAUUAGUUGGCGGUACAACGCGUUAAAGAAUGUCUGAAAAAAAAACACAAUACCAAAAUUAACGUACUAAAACUAAUAAAAUUUCAAUAAAAAAGUUGCAACUUACAAAAAUUGAAAUGAAAUUUAUAUCAACUAAAGAAUAAAAAUUAAGUGCAAUAUUAGCAAGUGUGUGAAACCGUUUAAAACAAUAACUGAAAGUGCUAAAAAUACUCAAAAGUUAACUCCACAAGGCAUAACAUAAACGCGCCCUUAAAUGAUUAUGCAUGGUACCUGGUAUAAGGGACCACAAUUGGCUCAUACACACCACACCUCGACCACAACAACCAGCGUUCCAGCAUCCAGCACAGGCGAAUACCACCAAUUCCGUUCGUAUCCCUCAUUUGUUGUCACACCAUAUCACGAAUCGACGGCACCGUUUGAGAAAUCCUUUCCCAGUGCAGCUGCAACACCAUCUCUGCUGGUCGACAGCAGUGGUGUCUUCAAUGGCAACAGUAGCGGCGGCGUCGGCGGCGGCAUCAUAGCCAAUCAUUUGACUGUCUUAAGUCCGACCAUUAAAAUCGAACAGAACUAUGGCGAACAAUUGAGUGGAGUGGAGGAUUAUGCAUUGAAUUUGGUCGAUUGUUCUGAGGGCGAAAGUGGACAUUUUAAGAAGCCUGCAAAUUAUAUUUGGUCAAGUGUAAAUUCCGAAAGUGAAUCAAAUAACAAUACCACCACCACCACCACAAUUCCGGGUGAAUCAUCAUCGUCAUCUACAAGCGUAUCAACAACAACUCAAAUACCAAUUACCCAUACCCCAUUGGGGGCUAAUGGUGCUACACCACCCACACCACCGCCCGAUACACAAUUGUCUUUGGAACAAAGUGUCAAAUCACAAACGUAUCACAAUCAUCACUUGAAACCCUUGGAAGACGUACAACUGAUACAAAUACCCUCAACGGAGGAGGUUGAAGAGGAGUUGCAAGAACCACGACGUUCCAACUCAAAUAGAGCAGCAGCAGCAGCAACCCAUAACAGCCUUUCACAUAAGUCAAACAAAUCCAAGCAUUCGACAUUGUCUUCGUUGGAAAUUCAUCACGGCCACUCGAAUCAUUUGAAUAGUCAUACCCAUCCUCACUCGCAUUCGCAUUCGCAUCCGCAUCAUCUUCAUUCCACACACACUCUAGGUGGCAGCAACAGCGGUGGUAAUAGUAACACCGGAACCAUGCCCAUAGGCGGUGUGCAGGGCCAGAACCCAACACAGGGUCUGGUGCAUUGGAUGAGUGCAGUGAUGGCCGAACAUAUGACAGGACAGACACAUCAUGACCCAACAGCGGUGGGCAUGCAUUACAUGUGGAAUGGCAAUGUGGAUCACUAUGGACAACAUAACAAGGAAAUCGGAGAUCAUAACUUUUGGCCCCCAACACCACCUACCACAGCUUCAGCUGCCGUAAAAACAAAAAUGAAUGAUCACCAUAAUAAUCUACAAAAAGGUCAUUUCAUUGAUGACAAUCGUUUGGACCAUCAUGCGGUUACACCACAAGGUGGCAGUGUCCUGGGCUCAGCGGGUGGUGGUCAUCAUGGAAAUCACGUGGGCCAUCAUGGUUCGGCGGCAUCUGCCCUUCUUGUUGUUCCUCAGCCCAUUAAUGCAACAAAAAUUGGCGCCUCCCUGGGCGGAGGUGCUGGUGGUACCGGUCGUAAAUAUCAAUGCAAAAUGUGUCCUCAGAUCUUCACAUCCAAAGCCGAUCUGCAGCUACACACUCAAAUGCAUAUGCGUGAGUCGAAGCCCUACAAAUGUACUCAGUGCUCCAAAGCUUUUGCCAACUCUUCGUAUCUCUCGCAACAUACGCGAAUACAUCUGGGCAUCAAACCGUAUCGCUGUGAGAUAUGCCAACGCAAAUUCACCCAACUGUCACAUCUGCAGCAACACAUACGCACCCAUACGGGUGACAAGCCCUACAAGUGUCGACAUCCCGGCUGCCAGAAGGCCUUCUCGCAGCUGUCCAACCUACAAUCACACUCGCGUUGCCACCAAACCGAUAAACCUUUCAAAUGUAAUUCGUGCUACAAAUGUUUCUCCGAUGAGCCCUCGCUAUUGGAUCACAUACCCAAGCACAAGGAGUCGAAACAUCUGAAGACACACAUCUGUCAGUAUUGUGGCAAAUCAUAUACCCAGGAGACAUAUCUGAAUAAGCAUAUGCAAAAGCAUGCAGAGCGCACCGACAAAAGGCCGCCUAUUUUGGUGACAAAUGCGGGCAAUAAUCCCACUGGUGGUGGCACCGGCGCAGGAGGAGGUGGAGGAGCGGCAGCCGCCGCUGUAGUUGCCGCAGCAGCAGCAAGCACAGGUAAUAGUGUAGGAGCAACGGCUGUUGGCGGAGGAGCAGGAGGUGCUGGACAAACAACAGGCGUUGUUGCUGGCCUACACAAUCAACACAACCGCAAUAAUUUGCCCUUGCCACCGGUUACAAUAGCGCCCACCGAUAAUUCGUAUUGGCCCAAAGUCAGUCCUGACUCGGCGGCCAAUAUGAAUGAUGUCAUGCAUCAACAGCAGCAGCAGCAGCAGUCGCAGCAACAUCACAACCAACACCCACAUCAGCAACAGCAACAACAACAGCAUCACAAUGGACAACAACCUACACCGCAACAGCAGCACCAUACGCAACAACAGCCAAAUCCGCAACAGCAACAACAACCUCCCACACAGCAACAAGGCCACAUGGACUAUGGCAACCAUCAGCAGGGCGGCAAUGCUGGCCAAUCCAAUAAUCCCCACAAUGAUCUGCAAAAUCAUCAUCGCAUGAAUGACAAUGGACGAGAGGAUAUCGUUUCCACACCAUCCACCGUUGGACCCUAUGACGCUUCGAGCAUUACCAAAACCACCACAAAUUCAGCAUUUACACCCAUCAACUCAAUGCCUCCGCACUUGAAUACCCUAUCGCAUCAUGCCAUGGCCCAGCGUCCGUAUUUGUACGAUGCCAUCAGUUUUCAAAAUAAAAAUGUCAAUCAAAACAAUGCCUCAAAUGCAUUCCCCAAUCAAUUGAUAUCGCUGCAUCAGAUACGCAACUAUGCCCAUCAACCGGCUGGCCUAACGAUGGCCGGCGAACAUCUGUUGGGUGUGAGUGUGGGACCGGGCAAAGAUAAGGGAUAGCUAUAUUUUUAAAAUGUGUAAGUUAUUAACGCUACAAUUAUUUAUAGAAUAAUAUUUAAAUUAUUAUUAUAGAGAGCUUUCUUUUUUUUCUCAAUAUGUAGAGUAUUAUAGAUUUUGUUUAAUUUAAUUUUAUCUCUUUUUAAUUACUAUGCCAAUUUUAUUGUUUUUGUUCAUUAAGGCCGAGUAUUAAACAACUAA